AUCAGAUACCACAGUGUGGACUUUAAACCCUGCGUAAUGUCUUACAGGCUUGAAUUAGGUUACUGUGAGUCACAGACUGAUCCUCGGCGAAAGUUUUAACAGAUUUAAUGUUUAUGUGGAAUGUAGAGCUAACACCAUAAAUAGUGUUUGAGAGACUGCAGUGUUUUAUUUGCAUCCAGCUGGAGGGAGAGAUCCCGCGAGACUAAACUCAGAUUUCAAGCACUGUUAGAUCUGGAAGAAGCAUUCAGCGUCCCCUGCAGCUCGGACGCUAGCUGAAAGCCCAUCAUGCCUCUGUUUCGGGCUUUGGAUGAACAGGCAGAGGCAAAGGCUCGGCCCAGGCGGAGGGGUCUGAGGAACACCAAGGGCACUAAAAGCUGCUGGAGGACGCGGGACGAUGAUCCGGUCCUUUCUCUGACGCGCCUCUGCCUGUUGAGCCUCGCUGACAACAUGAAGGACCUGUGGGUGAAAGACUAUGCUGACAACUAUCUUGAUCAUUAUUCAUUCAGAUACAUCAUGGGGCCUUUCAACCUGCUGCCUGGUGAACUGGUGGAGGAGUUGACGUGGCUGCUGUCCAGUAGAAAGCAGCUGUCUCGGGCAGCGCUCCACCUCCUGCUGGUCCCCCACCUCCAGGGUCUGUCUCUAGAGAGGUGUCCUGGCUUGGUGAACCCGGCAUUGUGCGCUCACAUUGCUGCCCGUUGCCAGGGUCUGCGGAGCCUGGACCUAUCUGGAGCACAGCAGCUCCCUCCAAAGGCCCUCUGUGAGACCAUGUCCAGUCUACCUGCUCUGCGGUCGCUGUCCUUAGCCGGCAUGCCUUGUGACAGGAGUGUGAUCCAAAUGGUUGCCCGCCACUGCCGUUUGCUGCAGCACCUCGACGUAUCCCGCUGUCACCUCCUCUCCCCGGCUGCUCUGCUUGCUCUCGGCGGUGUGGUUUCGAGUUCGUCCUCGGCCUCCUCUUCUUCAACCUCGUCUCCUCUCCCGCUCAGCAGCCUGUUGGCUCUGGAUAUUGGGUUUGGGGAACAGGAAGGAGACUCUACCGUGGCAGCAGCCUAUCUCCUUCUCUCUCUGCCUUGCUUGAAAAGACUGGCCUUGGAGGGCCUCGGACCGGCCUGCCGUCUCAUCGAGCAGAGGGAGUUCAGCCAGGCAGAUGAAUUUGCUGACAGGGAAGGUGUUUCCAGCCUGCACCUGGUGUGGAGGGAAAGGAUGCUUGGGCAGAGCUCGGAACGUUGGAUGACGAUGAGAGGGGAAGAAUCUACUGAUAAUCGAGAGGUGGAGAGCCCAUUAUUGGAGGAGGAUGGGUGUGACGCUGAAGAAGAUUUAAUCAAAAACUUGUGGCCUUUUUGCUUACAAAUCCAAACAGAGGAUAGGAUGAAGAAUUUGUCCCAGUCAGGCCUGAUCCUGCAGCUCAAAGACGUUAAAGGCGUAACCUGUGAGUCUCUGGGGAGUUUAGGAAAUUUGUGUCCGGGUUUAAACUCUUUAUCCAUGAACAUAGGCAAACAGGGGCCCCUAUUAACCGCUGAUCUCCAGACGUGGUCAGGCCAGCUGCGGAGUCUUUCAUUUAUCUACUCCGGCCCAGUGGCAGAUCUUCUUCCUGCCUUGCAAGUCGCAGGUUGCUCACUGAUCUCUCUGACGUUGGAGGGGGUGAAAACCAGAGCCGACACCCCACUACUGGAGCUCAUCAGAGUCUGUCCCAGACUCAGAGACCUCCUUGUCUCUGCCGAGCCUCCUGCUACACCACAGUACGAAACCAUUGACAAUCAGCUGGAUGAUCAAGAUCUCCCAAAGCUGCCGAAUCUCCGCUCUCUCAAGAUCAGUUUCUCCUAUGAGCACAACCAAAUGAAGCCCCUGAUGUCCUGGAUGUCCCUAAAGGAAGUGAUCAGGUGUCUCCUGAUUGGCUCUCCUUUACUCGAGAAUCUCUCUUUGAUCUCCUUGCCGUGCCCUUUGAACUGCAUCAUACAGGACACACUGCAUAGUGUGAAUCCGGACGUGAAUCCCGAUGCAGAUUCCUCUGGCUUGCCGCCACUGCCACUUGGAAGGAUCGAGCAUAUUGACCUGCUGCGAACAGAUGUGCAGAUGAGCACUGUGAAGAGCUUGAUGCAGCUGAGCAAGAGGCUCAAGUACGUGGAUGUAAGUUACUGCUGGCGGAUCAGUCAGCGCGAGUGGCUAGACUGCAAGAAGUUCAGGCAGGUCGAAGUUGUCUGGGUGUAAUAAAAAGAGGGGAGGAUUCUAACACUAAGGCGCGUCUUGAAGGUGGGCGGGCAGUAUUUUUUUUUAUUAUUUGAAUAAAUUGAAAUACACAUUUACAUGUUAAAUUGUAUAUUUAUCAUAGUCUCUUUGGAAAAUGUAUGUUUGUUUUUUGUAACAGACUGAUCUUUUUAAUUCACUAUUAUGGAAAGCUGUAUUUUAAAAACCAAUUUAUAUUAACUUUAUAGUCUGAAUGCAAUUGUGACGUGCCUGAAAAACAAACAUUGUUUUUGAGAAAAGUGUUUGAGAAAUCAUGUGGAAAUCACCAUAUGUUUGUCUUUUUAUGAAACUAUGACAAUAAAUUCACAUUGAAGUGAAUGCAACAAUAA